UUUAAACUCAAUCGAAUGCCAAUUGGCGCGUUUAAGGCACAUUUAACAAUAAAAAGAUUCAGUUUAUAAAAUGAAUAAAUAAAUUAAUAACUUUAAUAUCAAUUUCAUAGAUAAUUCUAUGUAUACAUAUUACAGUGUAAUAUACAUAAUAUAGAAUAAUUAUUAAAUAUGAAGAGCAUUAAGGUUACAUUAAAUAAGCCUAAUCCAUUGUUUGAGCUCUGGCUGGAAGAAUGGAAAAAAAAAGCAAUAUUUCAAGGAUCUGAUCUGCAACAUCAUUUUACAAAAGCUUUGAAUACUUUAAGAAAAUAUCCAUUACCAUUAGAUUCUGGAAAAGAUUGUAUAAUUUUAAAACAUUUUGGCUUAAAAUUAUGUACAAUGUUAGACAGAAGACUCAAAGAACAUAAAGUGCAUCAAAAAGAAAUGGAGCGUACAAAUAAUGUUUGCAAAUGUGAUAGUUGUUGUCGUAGUGAAUUCAUUCUUUCGUCGAGAGAAAAACGUAUGAAAAUUUAUAAAGAAGAAAUUAGAAAAUAUAGAACGAGGCAAAUAGCAGCAUCCAAAAAGUCUUUUUCUUUGUCGUCAUGGAAUUUUGCUUGUUAUGCUAUAUUGUUAACAUUAUACAAUAAAGAAGAAAACUUAAGUUAUUCUGAAUUAUUGUAUGAAUCUAAACAAUUAUACAACACAUCACUAAAAUCAUUGGAUCCAGAUAUAUGUGAUGGAAAAUCAUCAAUUUCUAUAUUAAUUGCUAACAAAUUAAUAUAUUUAAAGCAAUUUCCUCUUAGGUACUAUUUAACCGAACAAGGGGUAUGUUUAGCUAUAAAAAUAAAACAAAUUUUUAAUUUGAGAAACUAUGAUAAACAUUUACUCCAAAUUUAUUUAAAAAAACUGCAAAAUUCUUUACCAACACAAAAUUAUGAUUGUGUUAUGGAUGAGACCGAUAUUAAAGCAGAAAGUAUCCCUAAAUCUAGUAAUGAAAAAAAUAUUGAAAAUGAGGAAAAUAAACAAAAAUCUCCUUUAUUUAAUUGCUUAAAAACAUCUGAUCAAAUACAACAAAAUACAAUAAAACUAUCAUCAAAUGUAGUAGAUAUUAUGUUAAAUGGAACUCAAGAUGAAUUACAAUUAAAAUCAUAUUCUUUUGACAUAGUUUUAUUAGUAGAUACUAAAGAGACUUGUGGUGGAAAAACAAAACCUCAACAUGAUGCAACGUUGAUGGAAUUAAAACAAUUAGGAGUAUUAUUUGAAGUACGUCAUUUAAAAAUUGGUGACUUUACCUGGAUUGCUAAAUGUAAAUAUACUAAAAAAGAAUUAAUUUUACCAUAUAUAGUAGAAAGGAAACGAUUAGAUGAUUUAAGUGCAAGUAUUAAAGAUGGACGAUUUCAUGAGCAAAAGUUUCGUUUAAAACAAUCUGGAAUACAAAAUCUUUUAUAUAUAGUAGAGGAUCACGAUAAGAUUACACGAACUGGAAUUCCACUUUCAACAUUAUUACAAGCAUCUAUUAAUUCAUUGGUACAAGAUAAUUUUAUUGUCAAAUAUACAGAUAGUCAUCAAGAUUCAAUGUCAUAUUUAACAACUUUAACAAGUACUUUAUGUAAAAUUUAUGCUAAAAAAAAUUUAAUAGAACGUAAAAAAGAAAAUCUUCUACCAAUAGAUGUUUCUAGUGAUUCGAUUCUACUUAUGAAAUUUGAAGAAUUUAAUAAAGCUGCAUCUAAAUUGAAAAAUUUUAAUGUACGUCAAAUGUUUGUUCGUCAAUUAUUACAGUUAAAAGGCAUGUCAGUAGACAAAGCAUUAGCAGUUGUAGAAUGUUAUCCUACACCACUCAUGUUAAUUAAUGCUCUACAUAAAUCUGAUUAUGGAGAAACAUUAAUAGCAAAUAUACAAUAUGGACAACAAAAACGACAAAUUGGACCAACUAUUAGUAAAACUGUUUAUUUAUUUUAUACACAGCAAGAAUUGAAAUAAUUGAAUUGCAGAGGAACAUUUGUUGUUCUUAUUGAGAAAGGAAAAAUAAUGCAAUUUUUAAGAAAAAUAUAAAAUCAUAUUUACCAUAUUUAUAGUAUAUGUUAUAUCAUUAUAUUGUAUGGAAAUAAUAAUGCGAUACGAUCAACGAA